AUGGUUGGACUCGUUUCAGCCGCUGGCCUGGUUGGCUUUCUGUCGGAGCCCGAUACCGAACUCAAGGUGUUUGCGUUGAAAACUUUAGACGCCCAGGUCGACUCAUUAUGGUCUGAAAUUGCUGGAUCUGUUGGCCAAAUAGAAGCGCUUUGCGAAGACGAGUCUUUUCCUGAGCGCGAACUUGCCUCGCUGGUCACGUCGAAGGUUUACUAUAACCUACAAGAAUAUAAUGAAAGUGCUGUUUUUGCUCUGGGAGCUGGUCGUCUCUUCGACAUAGAGAAUGGAGGCGAAUUUGAGGAGACGAUCAUAUCGAAAUGUAUUGACACUUUCGUAUCGAUAUCCGCUACACGGAAAACUGCCCCAAAUACGGAUACGCCAGGCAAGCCGCAUGUGAACACCUCGUUCCCCCAGAACGUCAACGGAGCAGCAAGCACCUCCGCUGGCCUGGCAUCCCCAAUUACCCCAUUUUCACAGUCUACGCUGCCGUCCAAGUCUUUACUUUCGCGCCCUGAAUCUUUGAUGGAUGGUGACUACUCAAGAGGUGAAAGCGAUGAGAUGGACGGUUCGGCAGAUGUGCCUCUUAUGGUGCAACGGGGGGUUCAAAAACAGCUUCAAACGGUUAUUAACCGCCUAUUUGAACGAUGCUUUCGACAGAAGCGAUACAGACAAGUAAUUGGGAUUGCAGUCGAAGCAAGAAACUUGGAAAUACUUCGGAUGGCUAUCUCACGUGCGGCUGAAGACGAAAAGGGUAGAGGAAGCGAAUCUUCCCGACAAGGCGAGGAGCUGAUGGAAUACGUCUUGGGAAUUUGUAUGAAUGUCGUGCAGGAACGUGCCUUCAGAGACGAGAUUUUGAAACUUAUUCUCGAACUUCUGAGCGAAAUUCCGUCCCCAGACUAUUUUUCUAUCGCGAAGUGUGUCGUAUAUUUGAAUGAACACACAAUGGCUUCUGAUAUCCUUCGACAGCUCGUUGAAAAGGGCGAUGCACGGUCUUUGGCAGUUGCAUAUCAAAUUUCGUUUGAUCUAUACGAUAAUAGCACGCAAGAAUUUCUCAGAAAGGUACGGCAGGAAGUCGCUGCCUUGUCAGCAGAAACGGAACAGUUGAACGGUGACGACAAGAUGGAAGAGGAAGCAGAAGAAGCAAUUGAAACAGACAGUCUCCUUCGAAAAGAGGAACGGCCGAGUACCGGUACUGGCAAAUCAAGCUUCUCAUCGGAAGCCCGUACAGCAUUCAACAAUAUCCGCACCAUUUUAGACGGCAUUAAUUCCAUCCAACUGAACCUCGAAUUUCUUUACAGAAACAAUAAAGCCGACAUCGCAAUCCUAAACAAGAUCAAAGACAGCCUCGAAGCCCGGAACUCAAUUUUUCAUACGGCUGUUACACUAUCAAAUGCGUUCAUGCAUGCCGGAACAACCCAUGACAAAUUUUUCCGAGAUAAUCUGGAGUGGCUAGGCAAAGCUGUUAAUUGGUCAAAGUUUACUGCGACUGCAGCGCUUGGUGUUAUUCAUCGUGGAAAUUUGACACAGGGGCAGAAACUACUGGCGCCAUACCUCCCUAGAGACGGCGUUCCUGGCAUGGGUGGUACUGGCUCUCUUUACAGUCAAGGUGGCUCUCUUUAUGCUUUCGGCUUGAUAUAUGCCAACCACCAGAGCUGGGCAGUGGAUCUUAUCCGCGAACAUUUUAACAAAGCUACUGAAGAAGUCAUCCAGCAUGGUGGUGCGCUUGGCCUGGGGGUUUCGGCCAUGGCAACGGGUGAUGAAGGGAUAUAUUUAGAUCUAAAGAAGGUGCUUCAGACCGACUCUGCCCUCAAUGGCGAGGCGGUGGGCCUCGCAAUGGGGCUAGUGAUGCUGGGAACCGGAAAUAUGAAGGCACUUGAAGAUAUGAUUCAAUAUUCCCAUGAAACGCAGCACGAAAAGAUUAUUCGUGGCCUUGCGAUGGGCAUGGCCCUCAUCAUGUACGGUCGCCAAGAAGCAGCUGAUGAGCUUAUCAAUGGGCUGCUCGGCGACCCGGAUCCCACCCUUCGGUACGGUGGUAUAAUGGCCAUUGCCCUAGCCUACUGUGGUACUGGUAGCAACAAGGCUGUUAGGAGGCUUCUUCAUGUUGCUGUCAGUGAUGUUAAUGAUGAUGUACGACGUGCGGCAGUUAUGAGCUUGGGCUUCAUUCUCUUCAGAAAAUAUCACAGUGUCCCCAGAAUGGUUGAGCUACUGUCGGAAUCGUAUAACCCUCACGUUCGCUACGGAGCUGCCAUGGCACUUGGUAUUUCUUGCGCUGGAACCGGCUUGGAUGAGGCUGUUGAUCUUCUAGAGCCCAUGCUCAAGGACCCUACUGACUUUGUACGCCAGGGGGCUUUGAUAGCAUUGGCUAUGGUCCUUGUGCAACAAAAUGAAAUUAUGAACCCUAAAGUGAGCACAAUUCGAAAGGCUAUGCAAAAGGUAAUUGGGGACCGCCAUGAGGAUGCGAUGGCCAAGUUUGGAUGUGCAGUCGCUUUGGGAAUUAUCGAUGCUGGUGGUCGAAACUGCACCAUCAGUUUACAAACCCAGACUGGCAACCUGAACAUGCCAGGUAUCGUUGGCACGGCUGUUUUCACUCAGUACUGGUAUUGGUUCCCGUUGACACAUUUUCUUUCUCUCAGCUUCACGCCUACAGCCGUGAUUGGUGCCGAUCAGAAGUUGGAGGUGCCAGUCUUCAAAUUCCACUGCAACACGCGCCCUAGCAUGUUUGACUAUCCACCUGAACAGCAGGUGAAGGCGGAUGAGGCGCCAGAAAAAGUAAAAACAGCGGUGCUCUCGACAACUGCUCAAGCUAAACGGCGUGCCCAGCGGAAGGAAAGACAGCAGCGACGAGAGAGUAUGGAUGUGGACCAAACUCCAACUACACCUAAGGGCUCUAGCCAACUAACUGAAAAAAUGGAGGUGGAUGAAGGCCAUGCGAAGGCGGAGGAUGAGGGUAAGACUGCUGAGAAGGAAGUUGAGGCUUCCAAACGCAAGGUCGAGAAGGAGAAAAUUGGGUAUGAACUUGCAAACAUGUCGAGAGUUCUUCCAGCUCAGCUCAAGUAUUUGACUUUCCCUGACCCCCGAUAUGAGCCAGUCAAGCGGCCAACUGGCGGUGUUACUGUCGUUCUUGACAAGUCUCCAUCUGAAAGCCGGGAAGUUAUUGAGCUGAAAGCCAGCAAAGAGGUUAAGCAGGCUUCUGUUGCUGCCGCGCCGCAGUCAAUCCAGGACCGCAUCAACGCUGCGAUUUACGGUGCGGAAGGUGUUGCUCCCGCCGAAGCUGCUGCCGGAGGUGCCGCGGCAGCGGCAGGAGUUCUUACUGCUGUAGAUGAGGACGAGGAGAAUGGCGAGGAGGCUCCUGUCCCGAAUGACUUUGCUUACUACUCUGAUGAGGAGUAA